AUGCCUCCCCGUUUCCAGUUGGAGGAUAAGACACUCAUAAAAGCUGCCCCCGGGCUCAAGAUCAUGGCAGUGAGAGUCAGCAACGAAGACGAGUGGGAGAUCCAAGAGGAAAUCGACAACGGCGAGGCGCAGACGACGGCCACCCUCGUGUGUGUGGGCCACAUUCCAGAUCCGGAGAGCAGAAUAAAUGCCUCCUUCUAUGAGAUCUUACAGAUGGACUUUGAAAUCGACAACAGCAGUGGGUUGGCGGGAGCUCAGCAAGUGACCUGGCAAAUCGAGUACCCCGGGGAGGACGCGGCCAGCGAGCUGGUGGUCUCCGAGAUCUUCGUCAGCCAGACGACGUUCGCCGGCAUCGUUCCUCUGGCAAUGGACUUAGCUAUUCUCAGUAACACAAUGAUCCAAGGCAAGCCUUUGACAGCUCCAGUGAAAAUAACAGGUUUGGAGAUAGACUGCAUUAGUGUUGACCUUCUACGGAAUGUCUACUGUAGAGCUCUGGAUGAGGAUGUCUAUAAAGUUUCGGAUAACUGUGACUCCAUCUUUGUGAAUGGAAAGGAGAUGAAGAGUAAAGUGGACACCAUUGUGAACUUCACGUACCAGCAUUUCACUACUCAGCUAGAAGUGACCGUCUGGGUCCCAAGGCUGCCUUUGCAGAUUGAGAUCUCAGACACAGAGCUGAGUCAGAUCAAGGGAUGGAGAAUCCCCGUUGCUCCCAACAAAAGGAAUUGCAUGAUAUCAUGGAAAGUGAAUGAGGACAUGGGUUCAAAUCCCACCUGUGACAUCUGCUUAUGGUUGGUUGGUUGUUAUCCUUCAGACUUGAAGAGUACCAACAUGACCUCCCUACGUCAGGGAGCAGAGUAUCUGACUGUGGCUGAUCAGAAAUGUGAAAUGGUCCUCUCACCUCUCUCGGAUUCCAUCUUGGCUGAGAAGACAGUCAUAGUACUGGAUGACCGGGUCACCAUCACAGAUCUAGGGGUACAACUCGUGGCUGGCUUAUCUCUUUCUUUGCAACCCAACAAAGGAAAUAAAAGAGCCAUUGUUUCAACAGCAGCUGCUCAUGAUAUUCUUCGUACCCCACAACAGGAAGCAAUAGUCAGCUCUUGGCUUUUGUUCAGCGAUGGCUCGGUCACUCCCUUAGACAUUUACGAUCCUAAGGAUUUUGCUGUUGCUGUUACGUCGCUGGACGAGAUGGUGGUGUCCGCCCAGCCAAACCUUCAGUCCAAGUGGCCCAUUGUGGUUGCAGAGGGGGAAGGGCAAGGGCCUUUGAUCAAGUUAGAAAUGAUGAUCAGUGAACCUUGUCAGAAAACCAAGAGAAAAAGUGUCCUCGCAGUUGGGAAGGGAAGCGUCAGGGUAAAAUUUGGGCAGACGGUGGAUGAGAACCAAGGAAGCACCAAUGAUAUCGAGGGUGUCAAUCGUGAAUAUAAAGAGCACCUGAGUAAUUCCAUAGAGAGGGAAGGAGACCAGGAGAGGGCCAUACAGGAAUGGUCCAAACACGGCACUUCAUUUGGCCAGGAAGAGAGUGGCAAUAAAACCACAACUCCACAGUCAUCUCCGGGGGGAAAGGGUAACAAGUUCCUAGAGAAUGGCCAACUCCAGAAUAAUCCAGAUGCCUUCACAAGUUUCCCUACCCAGGUGGAGUUACCAGAGCCAAAUAAUCCCAAUGAUCUUUCACUGACCUCUAGGGGGUUAACAGACUUGGAGAUUGGCAUGUAUGCCCUCCUCUGUGUCUUCUGCCUGGCCAUUUUAGUCUUCUUAAUCAACUGUGUGGCAUUUGCUUGGAAGUACCGGCACAAAAGGUUUUCAGUGAGUGAGCAAGGAAAUAUCCCUCACUCUCACGAUUGGGUUUGGCUCGGGAAUGAAGUGGAGCUCUUGGAGAAUCCCGUGGACAUCUCCCUCCCAUCCGAGGAGUGCACCACCAUGCUUGACAGAGGGAUGCAGUUCGAGGAGAGCAACUUCCUUCUCAACGGCAGCUCUCAGUCAGCACUCCACAGCCAACUCCUUAGGCCUUCCGAUUACGUUUAUGAAAAAGAAUUAAAAAGCGAACCUCUAAAUCCUGGCCCAAAAAGGAAACGAGUCAAGUUCACUUCAUAUACCACUAUUCUCCCAGAGGAUGGAGGCCCAUACACCAACUCUAUUCUCUUUGACAGUGACGAUAACAUCAAGUGGGUUUGCCCAGAUAUGAGUCUUGGAGACUCCCAAGAGUUUAGAGACUAUAUGGAAAGACUGCAAGACCAGAUGUAA